AUGGGACAACGCGCUAGCAUUUUGAGCGCAAAGAGCAAAGAAAAGAGACCAAGGCUCAUUCGACGGACUUUAAAGCCAUGCCAGACAAAACACCAGAAUACUGAAAUUUCCGCCAACUCGGAUCAAAGACCGUCGCACCCGCAUCCACUUCCCCGAGAAACCUCGAACUCAAACGCUCAAGAUACAGAGACUACUCAACGUGCCCUGAAUCCCCAAACCUCCACCCUCUUUGUAGGCAGUAACUUAACGAUACCCCAAGCAGCAGGUCAGGAUACUAUCUCGGAGAGUAACCCCAGGCAUCCACAAAAUCUUGCUCGUCCAACUUCAGAGCUUCUUGGUCAACACUUGGAUGGGGUGAGGGCCACUCCACCUGAAAUUUACCCACCAAGACAACCACAGCAGACUGAGAGCCGCCAGUCGAGAAGGCUGUCCCUUAGCAAAUUUGAUCGACUGCUAAAAGAGUUACAAGAGGAUAAGUGGCAUACCGAUGAGAAUUAUCGAAUCAUGAAGGACGAAAAUGCCAACCUAAAAGAGAACAACGAAAACCUGCAAAAAGAAAAGGUCAAAACCAGGGAAGAGUGUAGUCGGGCGGUAUGUGCCUUGCAAGAAAUGGCCUUCAAGUCAUUGAAAUCAGCAAAAUGGCUCCCAUCUACGAAUGGUAAGCUCAACUCGGAUAUGCAAAGACUUAAGAGAGAAAUGAAAGAGUGGACGAGGGGCGCAGUCAAGAAUCAAUCCCAGAUUUGCGAUCAAUCAGCAAUCUUUCAGAAAGACCAACAACUCAGCCCCGAAUUUUGUGAAGAGCUUGAGAAUGUUAUGGUCCUCACAGAAAAGAGAAUCCCUAAAGGACUACCGGAGCAGAAAGUUCUUAAAAUCAUGCUUGACGCACUUCUUGCUCAUCACAUUUUCACCAAGAUCCUUGCGGUACCGUUUUUCGUCUUGGGAGAUAAUACCUCCAACCUAGAUCGGAUUUAUCAAAUUGGCCAGUCAUGGAAUCCCAAAAAUGCUCAUACAUGGCGAUCUGAUACAUUGAGGCUCAUUUAUCCCGAGACUGAAAAAGACAAAAAAGUCGAAGCUACUCGACUACACAUGCAAACUUCACUUGAUACAAGAGCAGACUCGAAGUUUGAGGAGUUCAUUAAAAGCCCGGCUCGUCACCUUUUCAACCAUGACACAGAAUCAAUUUCCGGACUUCGAGAUCUCUAUCAACAGGCUGCCAGCCUGUCUCACAGUCUCUGGACUCGUCGAUCAAUGCUAAAAAUAUCCACUCUCAAGGACUUGAGCCCUCUUUUCGACAUCAAUGAUCCAAAAAUGGAAGCUCAUUCUAUGGUUGGCGAAGAUACCGCCAACAAGCUGACAGGUAAACCCAUUACUGUGGUCGUCCAUCCGACAGUCGAGAGCUAUGGUACGGAGAAAGCUGAGAACUUUGAGACUUCACGGGUAUGGGCGUAG